CGUCAACCGUUCGCCGCGUCGCCCAUCGUUGUCGUCGUCGUCAGUCGUCGCGAACCGUUUUGGAUAUCGUAGCAAACUAUUCGUGUGUUUAUUAUUGUAUUUUUUCUUCUUCCUCGGUUUGUGUUGGUGAAACGAAUGGAUUUUUAUCGACCACGAUCAAGAGCCUAGGAGAUCCAAAAAAAAAAAAUUCUUAAAAUAAUAGACGAGUGUCAUAGAUCAUCGAUCUUCUCCUUCGCUUGACAUUCGCUUGUAAUCAUAUUUAUAGUUAAUAACCGAUAUUGAACGUAAUCAGCGCGUCAUAGCACCCGGAACGAUCGCCAUAAGCUUACGCCUGCCAUCCAACCGGUUCAACGAUCAUUAUAUUAUAUUGUGCGCUACAGUCGUCAUGCCGUGUCCAGUCACAGUCAACAUUUUACAGUAAAACAAUAGUAACACAGCAAGGCAAUACAUAACGAAGGUUCACUGCCGUAAAACUUCUCCUGGGUUGCAACAACAUCGCACCGAUCAAAAUAAAACAACUAAUGUCUCACCGCAGUCAUUGUCACCUAGGGGCGGAUCCAGAAUGCGGCGAAUGAGGCAAUCGCCACCCCCUCCGUUCACUGUAGCAGACUUUAGUUUAUAAUUACUUCAAGGUUUUAAACUGUGCGGUAGUUGUUAUACCUAACGGAGUUGAAGCCAGACAAAAUACAGGAAGCAAGAACCGUAUUAAAUGCAAAAAAAGAAAUGAUGACCCAUCGAUGUCGGUAGGCAUACGGUAGCAGCAGCAGCUGCACCGGUAUCGAUUAGUGCGGGCCGUGGUAGCCGCGAUGAACUCUUCAUGGCCCGUGGACAACGGGACGGCCGUGGUGGCCAACUCGUCGUUGUACAACGACACCGUGAUGUACUGUCCCGUGUUCGACGUGGGUGGAGGCGGCGGCAGCGGUGGCGGUGCGGGCGGCAGCGCCGGCGGUGGUGGCCGGGUGGGCGCGGCCGUCGGAGGCGUCGGUGGCGUGAUGAGCGCGGGUGGCGUGAUCGGCGGCGUGGACGGCAGCAACGGGACCGCCGCGGACGACGAGGUGGACGACUACAACCUGCUGUUCGAAUUCGUGGCAUACGGCGUGCUGCUGAACGUGAUCGGCGUGUUCGGUAUCCUGGGCAACGUGAUCUCGAUGAUCAUACUGUCCCGGCCGCAGAUGAAGUCAUCCAUCAACUACCUGCUGAUCGGGCUGGCCCGGUGCGACACGGUGCUGAUCGUCACGUCCAUACUGCUGUUCGGGCUGCCGGUGAUCUACCCGAGCACCAACCAUCUGUUCAACUACUACUUCAAGGUAUACCCGCUGAUCGCGCCGGUCGUCUACCCGAUAGCGAUGAUCUCGCAGACCGUGUCCGUCUACCUAACGCUCACCGUCACGCUGGAACGGUUCGUGGCCGUAUGCCAUCCACUGCAGGCGCGCUCGCUGUGCACGUACGGCCGGGCGCGCGCCUACGUGGUGGCCAUUAUCGUGUUCUCCGUGCUGUACAACAUCACCCGGUUCUGGGAGGUGCGCGUUCAGAAGUGCAUGCACACCGGCUACGGCCAGUACGUGUACCAGGUGUAUCCCAGUGAGCUGCGCAACGACAAGGACUACAUAUCUAUUUACAUACACUGGAUGUAUCUAGUCAUCAUGUACUUCAUACCGUUCGGGUCGUUGGCCGUACUCAACGCGGCCAUAUACAACCAGGUGCGGAUGGCGAACAGGGAGCGACAACGGUUGUCACGGCUGCAGAAGAAGGAGAUCGGGUUGGCCACCAUGCUGCUGUGCGUGGUCGUGGUGUUCCUAUUGUGCAACGUGUGGGCGCUUAUAUCGAAUGUGGCCGAGGCGUUCUACGGAAUCACGGUGGACCAGCUGGUCAAGGUCAGCAACCUGCUGGUCACCAUCAACUCGUCCGUGAACUUCGUCAUCUACGUGAUAUUCGGCGAGAAGUUCAAGCGGCUAUUCUUCAAGCUGUUCUUCCCACGCGGCGUGUGGAUGUGCGGCUUGCGCGCGGCCGACGGUCGCCCCGGCGGCCACGCGGCCAUGGACGAGAGCGAGGCCACGUGCAACGGCGCGGCCGCGAUCGAGUGCCGUCACAUGUCCGGCCUGUCCGACAGACUGAGGCGGUCGCACCGCAGCCGUCACUACCACCAUCACCGCCACGGCGGCGGCGGUGGUGGCGGCGGUGGCAGUGGAAUCGGCGGCGGUGGCCGAAACAGGACGACGUCGCGCAACGAUCGCGGAGGUAACGAUGGCGGUGGUGGCAUCGACGGUUCCGGGAUCGCCGGUGAUCAACGCGAUUUCCUGUCCAAGGCGACGACCAACAGCGGUAUCGUAUGGGAACACUCGAUGACCACUACGACUACGAACGUGAACCAGAUAUAACGGGUGACACGUCGAGCGCCACUUUCGAUUGUCCGCGGCACAGGGCGUCACACGGUGACUCUUGUGGAUAGCUGAACGAAUUCGGAUUGAAACGGAAAUCCAAUAAUCAUAUUUUAUUUAGAAAAGUUAACUAAAAAAAAAAAACCCGACCAAAAAUUGUGAUUUUAC